AUGUCGACCACCCCGAUUUCGAAGCCAAGAUCCUCAACGCCGACGGUGUUCGAGCAGCAGCGCGGAGAGCUAGUUCGGGAGAUUGCCGGUGGAAUGGAGCAAGUCCUUCAAAAUAUCAACCGGUUAAACCGGAAUCUGGAGAGCAUUAUUUCGGUGGGCAACGAAUUCGGUUCCGUCGAGGCCCUGUGGUCUCAAUUCGAGAAUUUCAUGGCCAAGCCGGAACAAGAAGCCGAGAGUGGCACGAAACAGAAAGAACAUCACCAAGAUGAAGGCCAAAGCGAGGUCCAUGAGCAGGACUCGUGA